UAAACAUGUCGGAUAGAGGAAAUUUAGCGCGAGGAAGAAAACGUACUCUCACGGAUUCUGCAAGAAAGAGGAACAGAAAAGAUGCACAGGCCGCUUAUCAGAAGUCGAAAAUCCACAUUGGAGACGAGAUUGAUCGUUGGAAUGACCUGAAAGACCGGUUACGUCUGGAAAGUCACACACAAGUUGCUAAACUUCUGUUGGACAGGUAUGCAAUUCAAGACAGAAAUAUCAGUCCAAGAAAGAGAUCAAACUUUGAAGACAAUGAGGUGUUCAAAACACCAACACACACUGCUCCAUCCAGUACCUGCAUGAAAAGUGCAACACAAGAACCCAAAGCCAUGACUCCAAGUAAAAAAUCAAAACAUGAAGAAUUUAAAACUCCAACAUAUGCUGCUAACUCCAGUCCAAGUAUGAAUUAUGCAACACCGGACCCAAAAGCAUUAACUUCAACACCAGGUCCUCUUGCUGACAAUAUUCAACCCAUGUCUGAUAUGUCCAGAAUUUCAUCUUCUGAGAGUGAAAGACAAGCUGACGAUUCUGAUGCACAUAUCUCAGGGAUUGAAGAAUUACCAAGUCGUAGACGGUCACAUUUGAAAGAAUCCAGCAGUUUCAUAAAUCCUUUUGAAUUAACAAUUGAUAUAACAGAAGUAGAAAGCAACAACUGUGGUUCAGAUGAUGAGGAUUAUGAGCCUAGCUUAAAUAUUACUUUUGGUGAGGCUGAUGACACAAGAAAUAUAAUAGAAGAAGAUGAAGAGGAUGAAAUCUAUGAUGAUGAGCCUGAGCAGACAGAUUUUUAUUCUGGUCCUGGUGUGAAACGCAUUGACUCUGAUGAAGAAGUUCAAGAUUUUUUGGCAGACCACCCAUGUCUUGCCUUUUACAGUCAGCUCCUCAAUUUAGCAAUGACUUCUAUUCAGAAAAUAUGCAGCGUUAAAGGAUGUGGUUUGGAGGUUGACAUAGAGAAGGAAGUGGUUGCAUCGGCUAUUUAUCUGAAAUGGGUAUGUCAAAAUGGUCACAUUGCACAUAAAUGGUGUUCACAGCCAAUAUUGAACAGAGGUAUGCAUAGUGGUGACAUGAUGAUAGCUGCAAGUGUUGUCCUCUCAGGGAGCAAUUUUCAAAAGAUAUCAAUGUUUGCCAAAUACUUGAAAUUGCCCAUCUUGAGCAAAUCUACCUUUUUCAAGAUACAGCGACAUUAUGUGAUACCAUCAGUAGACGAAUACUGGAUUGAUCAUCAGGAUGCUAUUUUAGACAGUUUUAGAGGACAAGAUUUGGUAAUUCUUGGGGAUGGACGAAUGGACAGCCCAGGACACUCAGCCCAGUAUUGCUCCUAUACCUUCAUGGAGAACAUCAGUAAACAGAUUUUGUGCAUUGUUACUAUGGACAAAAGAAUGACAGAAAAGAAAAGCACAAACUUGGAAAAGGCUUGUUUUUUAAAGUGCCUCAAGUUCCUUUUAGAUAAAGGUCUUAAAAUAGCAGAAGUAGUGACUGAUGCUCAUGUACAGAUUGCCUCCAUCAUGAAAAAGGACUAUCCAGAUGUGAAGCAUUCAUGGGAUGUUUGGCAUGGUACCAAAAAUUUAGGGAAAAAGAUUAUCAAAGCAGGUCAAGACAAGAAGUGCAAAUAAUUGCUCGAAUGGACAAAAGAUGUGGUGAAUCAUUUUUGGUACACUGCACAAACAUGUAACACUAAAGAAGAGUUCAUGGGAAUGUGGAUUGGUGUUCUGCACCAUGUAGUAGACGAACAUGAGUGGAUUUUUGCGUAUAGCACUAAUAACAAGUGCGAACAUGGACCCUUGUCUUCAGAAAGAGAGAAAGGAUGGUUGAAGAAAGAUUCACCAGCACAUUGUGCAUUGAGAGAUAUAGUCAUGAACAAAAGACUGAUCAACAAUAUUCCCCACUAUACUAACUGCAGAAGUACAGCAGAACUGGAAAAUUUCCAGAAUCUGAUUCUGAUGUAUGCAUCAAAAAGGCAUUCCUAUAGACCACCAACAUAUAGAUGUCGGAACUUGUUGGCAGCUUUAGACCAUAAUGGUCACAUUGGUCGAUCAAUUUUGACAAACAAAGAUGGAUCAGUAAGGUAUCAGAGAGUGUUUCAGAAAAAAAGCAGCCGCUGGUCUGUAACACCAUGCAAAACUUUGAAGGAUUAUGCCUACAUACCUCAGGUUAUCGAGAAAAUUGUUUUGAAAAGACUUGCUGAUGAAAUUGGAAUGAAUCAGAGGAUGAUCCUAGAAGUUGAUGACCCCAGGAGAGUGUCCGCACACCUUGCACCAGUUCCACCACCACCUACCCAGCAGAUUGUUGAGUCACAGCGGUCAAGAUUCACUGAUGACAGCUCAAACAGGACCAAUGAUGAUAUGGACAGGACAAUUGACUACUGGGCAGAAUAAAUCUUAUUAAGCCUUCAAAACAAUUAUUAUUUCAAAAAUUGACAGUUGGUUUUCUCAGCUUGUUUGUUCAAGCCUUUUGCCUAUCAUGUUUUUUUUAUCAACUUAAACCUCCAAAAUCGCUUACAGGACUUCUUUGAAUAAUAUUAAAGACUUGUAAUUUGGACAUUGCUGCUUCUCAGCUACAAAUCAUGUAGCAUUUAGGAGUAGGAUCAAAGUCUGGUUGCCUUGGAGUCAAAAGAUGCGUAUAGAUUGGGUGACAUAUCUUUCUGCAGGCUGUUAUACUGUGAACAAUCAUAAUAAAAAUCUGGUUCAGUGGGUUGGUCUACUAAAAGACUGGGUUCCUUGUCAUAUCACAUCAACAUGUUGUUUUGAAUAUAAGCAUUUUUUUGAAAGGAAUUUGAAAUUGCAAAUUUUUUCAUCAGGGAUUCUAAUAUUGAAACCUGUGUGUUAAUUGUAUGCAUUUGACGUCUUUGAGAAGUUGAUAAAAUUCAUGUUCCAUGAUUUAGAUGAGCAAAACUACCAAUAAAGCAAAGUAAUUUUCUGUGAAAAGAUAGCUGGCAACAAGCUCAUUAUGAAGAAUAUCUUUAACAACAAGUAGCUUUGAAUCUGCAUAAAUGAUUCUUUUUGAUUUUGUAUUGUCAUCUGUUAAGACUUGUUUUGUUUGACGCAGCCCUGGAUAGUUGUUAAUUUCUGUGUCAUUUUGGUUUCUUGUGGAGAGUUGUCUCAUUGGCAAUCAUACCACAUCUUCUUUUUUAUAUGAAAUAUGUGCUACUGAUAUUAACCACACACCAACCAAUCAGUACAUAUAAUCUUCUAUACUUUCAAGAAUUUAAAUUUAAAGACAGUUCCAAGACAUUUACAUCAUAUCUAUUUUAUAUCUGUACACUGGUACACUACUGACAAAA